UAAAUGUCAAACGUAAGUCGGAAUCGUUGAGAGUUGGGAUGGAUCAUCGGUUUUCGACUGUUGGAAAAACUAACUUGUUGUCUUAAAUAAUCAAUAAAUUUAGUGCUAAAAUGCGGAGUUUAGUAAAAAUCGCAAUUCUUAUUGCGAUUUCGUUGUGUCUAUUUCACUAUGUUGAAAGUCAAGCGAAAAGUCGAGGUUCCUUAACACUUUCGGAGAAAGUGCAACAACUUUUGGACAUGAAUGUGAAAAGGCCAGUGAUGCGUUUCAACGGGAACCGCUUUCGGGAAUUCGUAAAAACCGUACCUCGUAACUAUUCCGUUGUCAUCAUGUUUACGGCAAUGGCACCGGCUCGGCAAUGUGUGAUAUGCCGACACGCACACGAUGAGUAUACGAUAGUAGCCAAUUCGUAUCGUUACUCGCAAACCUACUCGAAUAAGCUGUUUUUCGCCAUGGUCGAUUUCGACGAAGGAUCUGAUGUGUUCCAAAUGCUUCGAUUGAAUACAGCGCCAGUGUUCAUUCAUUUUCCGGCGAAAGGAAAACCGAAACCGGCGGACACUAUGGAUAUUCAGCGAGUAGGUGUUUCGGCGGAAGUGAUCGGCAAAUGGAUACAGGAGCGAACCGAUAUUCAAAUUAAAAUCUUCCGCCCUCCGAAUUAUUCAACGACGGUGGCUGUUCUGAUGCUUACCGCAUUCGUUGGAGGAUUCUUGUACUUGCGCCGCAACAACUUGGACUUUUUGUACAACAAACAAAUGUGGGGAUUUCUUGCGGUCAUUUUCUGCCUGGCAAUGGUUUCGGGUCAAAUGUGGAAUCAUAUCAGAAGUCCACCGUUUGUACACAAGGGCCAAAACGGCGGCAUUGCCUACAUACAUGGCUCAUCUCAGGGGCAGUUGGUGAUUGAAACAUACAUUGUUAUGUUUUUGAAUGCCAUGAUUGUUGUCGGAAUGAUCUUACUGACCGAAUCUGGUUGGCAAACUGACGCAAGGAAGGGUAAAAUUGCUGCUAUUGUUGGUUUGGUGCUAGUCGCGGUGUUCUUUUCUCUUAUCUUGUCGAUCUUCCGAUCGAAGGCUCAGGGCUAUCCGUAUAGCUUUUUAUUCAAAUAAAUGUUCGAAUGUGCACCGGUUGACUAGAGUGCAAUGAUGUUCCAAUGGUAGGCCGUCAAAAUAAACGGAGUUUGACAUUUUAAACAUACAUACCAAUUACCACAAUCACAUAGACAGCGUGUACUGUUCGUAUGUUGGCCUACUAAUUGAAGCGAGUAGAGUGAAAUCACAUUGAUUUACUAGUGAAAACUAUUUAGUGCAAAAAAGAUGCUCCGUCAGAAUCACCAACAGAGUUGCGUAAUUGUUUAUAAGUUUUUGUUUAGCGGUUGAAAUAUCGAAAAUUUGUUUUUUCCUUACUAACUGGAUAGAAAAUAGUCGAGAGUGAGAGACAGAGUAAAAUUCAGUAUCACAAGCCGAA